CCAGAGAAGCAAAAAAGAAACCCUAACUGCGAACUCGCAAUAAUGAUUCAUGAUUUUUGGAUAGCACAAGCACAAAUUUAACCCCUACGAAGUUGGAAACAAUCACGAGACCAAGAAUAAUGUUAUAGUUGCUCAUAAAAUUUCCCACCAAACACUCCAGAUAAAUACCUGAAAAACAAAUUUCUUUCCCAAUGGCAUUCUCAGCUAACCCGUUAUCUCUAAGCGUACCCGAGUCCGCAUUCGAAUCCUGGCUCCGAGACACCGGUUACCUCGAAAUUCUCGAUCAACGAACCACCGAUCUCCACCGCCAAUCCACCACAACCACCACCACACCCACCACAACCACCACCACCACCGCCAUAACUAACUCCGCCACCGCCGCUGCCACUGCAGUUUCAAUUUCAAACGGAGUUUUUGUUCUUAUAUUUUUGCAUAUUGGAACGUUAUUGUCGCUUAUUAAGCUUAAUCCGUUUGCGAAACUUAAUUCCGAUGAUUUUUCCUGUGAUACUCCGUCGUGGACGGUGAAAUUCGUUGGGUCGUUGGAUUGUUACUCGUUUCCUUUGUCGUCGUCUCAGGCGAAGCUUAGAGUUCAUGAGAAUGUGAAACGAUAUGCCCGGAACUAUGCUUCUCUAUUCGUGCUCUUCUUUGCGUGCUCUCUGUACCAAAAGCUGCUUGCCCUUGUAGGGUUGAUAUCAUGUUUGGCACUUUGGGAUUUAUUAAAGUUGUGUGGAGAUCGCUGGGGAUUAGAGCAGCGCCCAGUUUUCAAACAAAGCUUGAUUCGCAUUGCUCAGUGUGCAACUGCAGUUAUUCUAUUGUGUACCAACGUUCCAGUGGCUCUCUUUUCAGCUAUUGCAGUCAGUUAUGCAGUGAUGAUUCUGCAUGCCUCAUUUAGGAAGCUGACCCCCUCAAAACAAUCAACUUCAAAAGAUGGAAACCGGAGAAUCGAUAGAAGUUGAUGAGUGAUUAUUAAUGUCAAAUCAAACAAUACCGUAGUCGUCUGGGGAGAGGGUAACCUGUGUUUACAAGCUAGCAUACAACUCAGUUCAUGAGUACAUCUUUCCAUUUGAACUGAGAAAUUUCUUCUAGUCAGUCACACUGUAUGAAAAGUUUUCAUUAUUCGGUUUUAGGCUGUGCAUAAUACCUAUACAAUGCUGAAAAAAAAAGAAGACUAGAUAAGAUUGUAAAUGGCUGUAGAACCCUAAAGAGAAUUAGCUUGGACCAAUUGCAGUGUACAAUCCCUUCGAGCCCUCCAGAUUUGUACCUUAAUUUGUUGGCAAUCGAAGAAGAGAAUGCUUUUUAAUUGCUGUGAAUGGAAAAGAGUACAUGACUCAUACUGUUACUUACCCAAAA